AUGGGACUCUGUCAAUCAUGCUUGGGACGGCGACAAAGGGACGUCUACGAUGAGAGCGAAGAGAACCGACUGUUGUACGGCGACGGAAAUGACGUGCAAUAUGGCAGCUUCGGCGAUGCUGCGCUGAACGGCGAAGGCGACACCGCAGAGGUGCAGCGUGAGAACGAGGCAUUGCAGAGGGUUGUCGCAAAGACAUCCAAUAACAUGGUCGAUAUCUUCGAGAUUGCGCCACAGGAUUCCGGUCGGGUAUCAUCGUCGACGUUUGUCUACUCCGGCCAAGGCGCUCGUGUAGCGCGCUACCACCAUCUCGUAUCUAAACUGAGCACACAUGAAGACAGCCCGCCGCCGGGCAUCAAGGUCGACUGGCUCGCCGACGAGGAUGCGAAUGAACUGCAUGGGGACCGCCCAACCAGCCUAAAGACACUGGACGAAGACGAUGCAGCGCUUGUCGGCACAUUUGCCGAUGCGGCCGAAGCCAUGAAGGAAUAG